AAAACACAGGAAGUAAAACAAGGCCUAACACACACAAGAAGAAUAUACUACAAAAUAAAACACUGAAAACCAACUCAACAACAAGACCACAGGAAAUCACACAUCUGCUUCCUGGAUGGGUGGAGCUUCAAAGUCUGUAGGGAAGCAUAGAAGGAAGUCAGCUCACCUGUGUAGUGAAUCCUUAGAAAACAAAGAGGCCAGCUGCCCAUAUGCGGAGCCUUCAUCCCUCAGAAAGCUUGAUGUGUGUGCAAAACUUCCAGGGGCUCACAGGAUGCCGACGCAAUGCAGCGAGUGGACCACGGACCUGCGACCUAUCAGCUGUACUACCCCGUCCUUGCAAGCGGGAUGCGCAAGUCUCCCGACGUGAGCCCUAGAAGGCUUUCGGACAUCAGCCCUCAGCUCAGACAGCUCAAGUAUCUGGUGGUGGACGAGGCCAUCAAGGAGGACCUCAAGUCCUCGCGCUCAGUGGAGGACAUCAACAGUGCGUCCAUAGAGGAGCGGAUACUGAGGAUCACCGGCUAUUAUGGAUACCAGCCUUGGAAUGCAAGCUACACCAGAGAAGACCGCACCAGGGAGAAUGUGGUGGGCACCACAGACGCACAGUCAGCAGGCGCUGCAGGAGGAGCAGAGUCUGGCUCCAGCAAACGGAAACUCCACUGCUGCAUCAGAGUAACGACCGUGCAGGUACAGAAGGCUCUGUGGGGGGUGGCCAUGGUGAUGUGCGUGUGCUCGUCUUGGGCAGGCUCCACCCAGCUGGCUAAACUGACCUUUAAGCAGUUUGAUGCCCCCUUCACCCUCACCUGGUUCGCCACCAGCUGGAACUGCCUCUUCUUCCCCCUCUAUUACAUCGGCCACCUGUGCAAGAGUCCAGAGAGGCAGACGCCCAGACAGAGAUUCAGGGAGUGCUGCAGGUUUUUCGGGGACGACGGUCUAACGCCCAAGGUGUUUUUCACCAAGGUGGCGCCCUUUGGCCUGCUGUGGAUCCUCACCAACUACCUGUACCUGCAGGCCCUCAGGAAGAUCAACACAACAGACGUGUCAGCACUCUUCUGUUGUAACAAGGCCUUCGUCUUCCUGCUGUCCUGGAUUGUACUUAGAGACCGCUUCAUGGGGGUCAGGAUCGUAGCUGCUAUCUUGGCCAUAGCAGGCAUUGUAAUGAUGACCUACGCUGAUGGAUUCCACAGCCACUCGGUCAUCGGUAUUACUUUGGUCGUGGCCUCUGCCUCAAUGUCAGCACUUUACAAGGUGCUCUUCAAGAUGGUCCUGGGCAGUGCCAAAUUCGGAGAGGCUGCGCUCUUUCUGAGCAUCGUUGGAAGCGCCAACUUUGUUUUCAUCAGCUUUGUGCCAGUCAUCCUGUAUUUUACACAUGUGGAGUACAUCGGCUCUCCUGCAGACAUCCCCUGGGCCUACCUCUGUGGAGUUGCAGGCCUGCUCUUUGCUUUCAACGUCCUGGUGAACUUUGGCAUUGCCAUAACAUACCCAACAUUAAUCUCCCUUGGCAUUGUCUUAAGUGUCCCUGUGAAUGCCAUGGUGGACCUCUACACAUGUGAAAUUCAUUUCAACACAGUGCGCCUCAUCGCUGUCUUCAUCAUCUGUCUGGGUUUCCUCAUGCUGCUGUUACCAGAGGACUGGGACCAGUGCAUCAUCCAGCUCAGCACAAAGCUGCGCAAACGUGACGAACCAGCAGAGAGCAGCGCCGAGGCCGGGGCCACCACAGGGCUCAACUGGAGAGGCAGAGCCAGAACCUCCAUGUCUACAUUUGCACACUGACUCCAAGAAGUAUCUUAAAAGCAAAAAGACAAACGCAGGGAGAGAGACACUUUAAGCUCUCGGCGUGUUGAUGUCAGGACGUUUGACCUGCAGCACUGAGAGAAAACAACAUUGCAGACUGUUCUCUGAUCAGUUUCACAUCAGCCAAAGGGAAGAGAAGGAAGAGGAACAGAGCGUCAUUCAUUUGGCGUCUGUAACACUCAGAAGUGAUCCGAGCUGGUGCAUGGACUCAUAUCAUUGAAAUCCUACUUCACAGAAAAAAAAAGAGAUCAGCUGAAACUGAUCCAAUCAUGUUUGGAUUUUGCUUUACCUCUUAAUCAUUCCAUUCACCAUAUCCUCAAGCCUGGGAAGACUUGCCAACUUGCCUGAUUUUUUCAGCCCUGAGAAGAAAAAAAAAGAAAAGACAUACACCGUGUGGACUUGCUGUUGUACACAUUUACACACCUUUAAGAUCCAAAGAAGAAUGCCUAAAAUGCUGAAUGCCUGAAAACAAAAGAAAGGUCAACAGAGGCUGCCUUCAGGUUUAACUUAAUGACAAAUACCUGCCUUUCAUGCACUGUACAUAGCUGUUUUUUCACACCUCCAGUGUCCUGGAGUUGUGGACCUGAUGGGCUCAUCUGGCGUGAAGGGACCUGUCUGGACAUCUGAGGAUCAAAUUCAAGCUUUCACAACGCCUCACUCUGUUCCUCCUGAGAGAAGAGGUCAGGUCUUUGUCGAUCACACUGAUUAGCCCCCCCCCUCCUGUGGUUAUGUGUUUUCCUGUGGCUAAACUCCCACUAUGUCAACGCUGACACCCAUUGCUCAGGCCCACAGAUGAGUCACGAUACAUUUAACACCAGUAUCUCUGUUGCAUAAGUUAUCAAUGCAUGAGAGGGCUGAGAUUUGUUUAUCGAGGAGUGCUUUUAGUCGGUCCAUGAAGCCCGACAUAUUCUCUAACCAAGACGCAGGCGGCAACAGACAAGUUUAUUAACCAAGCAAUACAGGUUUUACAUGUAUUUAUAUGCAUUGUACUUUGAAUAGUAUUAACUGUGACUUUAAGCGCCUGUUUGAAUCUAUACCCACUCUCUCAUUUAAUGCUUCAGGUGUCCCGGUCUGUGGAUGGACUAAAAGCACUAACGGCUUCUCGUAUAAGAGACAGCCUCGUGAAAAACCCCUUUAACAACUUCACUCACAGCUGUUGCUGAGCCGCCCUUUGAAUUCAAAUUACAUCUAAUGUUUUUUGGCUGGAACAUGGAGUAAUUUGCUGCAUUUAUCAGUUAAAUUGUUUUCUUUCCUGAAGAGGUAACAGACAAAAGAUGAAAGCUAUCUUCAACUGAGGCUUCAGGACGGGUACGCUGACACAAAAGAAUUCAUCAUAUUCACAUGGCGGCCUUUCUUCCUGACAUCAUGCUCAGGGUGGGAAGCUGCAACGCUGUUAUGACUGUCAUACUGCUGUGCUUCAGGAUUACAAAUCAUAUCAACAUAGUGUUUCAGCCCUAUGGGACAAACAACAGAAACCCACAACCGGACUAUAAUAAAACCCUUAAAACACCUAAAACACUCAAAUCCAUGGGAUUUAUUAUUAAUGGAUACACAGGGUACACUAAAACAUUCAACAACUAAGGACAAAACUCAUGAAACAAAACAACACUAAGUCCCUGUAUGGGAGGUGUAAGACACAAAGUUUACAACUACUAUCACCUGAAGGGCUAGAGACACAACAGAAGGACAUCGAGAACAGCUGUAACACUCACAGGGAGGCUGCAGCCAAUCACAGACGUCUCUGGGCGAGAGGCGGGUUACACCGUGUGGCCGCCACUCAAUCACAGGGCUAACAUACAGAGACAAACAACCAGUCAUGCAAACCUACGGGCAUUCAAAGUCACCAAUUAACACAGGGAGGACAUGCAAGCUCCACACAGAGAGGCUCCUGCCUGACUUGAGGGGUUUAAACCAGGAACCUUCCUGCUGUGGGAUGAUAACACUAAUCAGUGCACCACCACCACAGCUGGUACAGUAGUAGUAAUUAGUAAAUAUUUCACUCCUUGAGGACAAUUUAUAGCAACAAUCUGAAGGUCAUAUUUCAAGAAACAACAGGGCUGAUCAUCCUUUUGAUAACUGUUAUGCAACAGCUAGCUUUUAACAAGUCCAUAGUUAGCAUUAGCUAGCAUUGAUGUUAGUUCAGAAUUGAUGCCUUUUACAUUGUUUCAUGCACCAAAUGGUAAUGUCUGAAGUGGCUGAACGCUAAUAUAAGCUACUGAAGCUGACAGGCUAUCAAAUGUGUUGUUUCUAGGGAUGCACGAUAUUGGAUUUUUUUUCCGAUAUCCGAUAUGCCGAUAUUUUACAACUCAUUUAGCCGAUACCAAUAUUUUUUUCCGCACACCUAAUUGCAGAGAUCAUCAAUCAUCUUCUGUGUUGGAAUUAGCGUACAGUGUUAUGGUGAUACUUUUAUCACAUUUGUUAUGUAAUAGUCAUUUCUUGUGCAAAAUAAGAAAAAUACUUAAAACUGCAUAUUUAUGUAUGACAACUGCUUUCAAACAAAAUGAAUACAAAAAGAGACAUCCUACUUAAAACUUGCAUGAUGCUCUCCCUGAGAAAAUCAUAACAAUACCAACAACCAGGGCAAAUUUGGCCAAUUUCACAUUUGACAUAGUGAGUAAACAUAACCUCUGUUCACAGGGAACAUGUGAAAAGUGCAACUGGACAGCAGUUAAACCCAAAUUAAAUUAAAUGGUUUACUCUUUGACAGUAAAUGUGCCUAAAUUAGUCAGCUACAUGUACCUUACAGACUGCUGCUUAAAUUCAAAUUUAACUGAAAGGUGACAUAUCAUGCAAAAUCGACUUUUUAAUGGUUCUCUAUCUAAAUAUGUGUCCCUGUCUACAAACCCCCAGAAAAUGAAAAGAAUCCAUUCUGCCCCUGUUCUGAUUUCUCCACCUUUCUGUAAAUGUGUGUGAAACGAGCUGUUUCAGUUUUCAGUGUUUUUCAUACGUCACAACGACAUCCGGUCUGUAACGGAAGUCAGAGCUCGGAGCUUGUUCAGCCCAUAGACUGUAUAAAAUACAACUCAACUCCUCUGUUUUUCAUUACCUGCACACGUGUGUGCUAACAAGGAGCUUAGGAGGGAGGCAUGCUAGUUGUAGGCUGUCUUAAUAAACACAAAGGUCGAUUUUACUCCCCACGUCUGCAGAUUUGAAGAUCUAGUGGAUGAUUUUUAUUUAUCAUGGAAAAGUGCCAGCACUAGUUAGCAUAGCCACAUAGCUACAUGUUUGUCACUGUGUACCAAGACACAUGUCGACAUACUGAUAAAUAAAACAACAAGAUACACUAAAUCUGUGACCAAUGGUUCAGAAAGGUCCUGCUGCAGGCGCCUCUCCGUCAGGAUCAGAUUCUGGAUCAGGUUCAGAGGGUUGAAGUAACGUGGGUCUGUGAGCAGCCGUGUAUAUUCAGCCAACAUGUAAACAUUAGAUCAACGUGCUGGACAGCCAAGGUCACAUCCACUUCCUGAUGGGGCGUGGUCAGAGAGCUCAUUCUCAUUUAAAGGCACAGACACAGAAAACAGCCUGUUCUGAGCAGGGCUGAAAAAGAGGGGUUUACAGGCAGACCAAAAUCUGAUUUCAAAGUGUUUUUUGAGCAAUAAACUUUAAAGACAUGUUUUGGGGACCUCUUAGACCAAUAAUAUUGAUGAAAAAGAGCAUAAUAUGUCACCUUUAAAACAUGAGCCCAACAUGUGUGCAGCAGCCCAUUAUUUUAUCAGUUAAUUAUAUCGGCGUGUUGGCCGAUAUCCGAUAGUUAAUUUUAAAGCCAAUAUCAGCCGAUACCAAUAAUAUGCCGAUAAUAUCGUGCAUCCCUAAAGUUGUUUCAGGAGGUUUUGAGUCCCUACUUUAAUAGAUUUGGAUAACUCAUCUGAGCUUCCCAUCCUGAGUGUGACAUCAGAAGCAAAUGGUCAUUAUGUGAAUAUGAUGAUAUCUGACCACCUGUAUCUUUUAUCAACAAUCUGUCUUCUUCAAAUUAAAGUCAACAGAGAUGAACCCGAGAGAGAAAAGAGGCCACGCCUUGUAGACUGACCGGUGGAAACUCUGCCUUGUUGUGAAUGUAUGAACAUCACUCGACCACACACACACGCUCGCUAUCUGAUUUUUACAGUGCCGCCACAGACUGCUGCAGACAGACUCUUUGUUACGACUCAUCAGACUGAGUUGCAUUUUUUUUUUCAGUGAGAGAUCUCUCACAGCAUCUUUCUGGACUACUUUUCUACUACUUUUUUUGUUUUUGCAUUUGUUUGCUUACUAACUCUGAGGGGACGGUGAGUGACAUCUGCAGGAGGAGCAUGCACAUACUGUACGAGCAGAUUCAGCUGACAGGUCCACUUCACUGCCUUUUCUUUCUGUCUUUGCAAUAGAAUACAUCAGCACUGUUUCCCAUUGUCAUUCUUUAUGACAAUAAAUAAUUAUAAUGUAUUCCUCUGGAAUUAUUGCUAGACAUAAAUGUAAACCUUUGUAAGGAAUGAUGAUUUUUACACUGAGAUGCAACAUAUGAUUAUCACAUUUGAGGAAGAGAUAUUUAGAGCGUUAAUAAAAGAUGAGUUUAUUAGAUUUACUGCUGGGUGUCUUCAGGUGUAAUCACAUGUACUAUAUAAAAGAUUUCUUUUCAAUACA